AACAGAAGAAGAAGAAAAUGUCUAGUAGACGGACUCCAUCAACACAACAGCGGCUGUGGGAGCGCGGUGAUUUGUUUUUUGGGGUUUUUUGGUUUUCGAACCGGAGCCGGAGCGAAAAAAACACAGGAAGAUGGAAAGUUUGUGACUUCCGGGCAGAAGUGAAACGAACUGAAGCCCAGCUGGAACAGAAACAUCAGUUCAAACAGGAACACGAAAUGGAGGUUGUUUCCAACCCCGAAGAUCGGCUGCAAAGACUCGAUUUUCAGCAGAUGCUGCUGGUUAAGGAAGAGCUUCCUGAAGGACGGAGUCCUGGUGGGGACUUGUCGGAUCCAGAGUCGCUCCAGAUAAAGGAGGAGCAGGAGGAUCCCUGGCCCAGUAUGAAGGAGGAGGCUGAUGCCACCUGGUUUCCAGUAACCACAGUCAUCAUGAAGACUGAGGAAGAUGAGGAAGCGAAACCUGUUUCCUCACAGCAAAUGGGGAACGCAGAUCUUCUAGUCAGUCAUUCAGUUGACCUGGGGAAGUUAGAAACUGAGGAGGAGGACUGUAGGAACCUGGACUUUAAUGCAGACAGGAGCUCUUCAGAUACGGAUGUCAGUGAAGAAAAUGGGGGAAAUUUGAACAGUCCUGAUUCUCAGCUAGGAGACUUUUCUUUAAGGUGUUUGGUUAACAAAAAAUAUACAAUGAAGAAGAAUUUGAAAUCAACAAGGGAAUCCCAAAUGGAUCUGAAAUGUUUUAGCUGUAAUGAAUGUGGCAAGAGCUUUCUGAGGGAAAAUCUUCUAAAAAUACACGUGAGAAUCCAUACAGGGGAGAAACCAUUUAGUUGUGAACUUUGUGGACAAAGAUUUAUACAAAAAUCCAACUUGAACAGACACAUGAGAUUUCACACAGGGGAGAAACCGUUUGGGUGUCAUCUCUGUGGACAGACCUUUAGUUGGAAGUCUAGUUUAGAUUGUCACAUGAGAAUCCACACAGGAGAGAAACCAUUCAGCUGUGACUUCUGUGGACAAAGAUUUGGUGAGAAAUCGGUUCUAAACACCCACAUGAGGAUCCACACUGGAGACAAACCAUUCAGCUGUGAUGUUUGUGAACAAAGAUUUAACCAAAGAUCACAUCUAAAAAGGCACAUGAGAGUCCACACUGGAGAGAAACCAUUUUGCUGUGAGGUAUGUGGACAACGAUUUGGUGAUAAAUCAGUGCUAAACGUUCACAUGGGAAACCAUACGGGAGACAAACCAUUUGGUUGCCAUGUUUGUGGACAGCGAUUUAGUCGUAAGUGUAUUUUGGACAGUCACAUGCGAAUCCACACAGGAGACAAACCUUUUAACUGUGAUCUUUGUGGGAAAAGAUUUAGCCACAAGUCAGCUGUGAACAUCCACAGGAGAAUCCAUACAGGUGAAAACCCAUUUUGUUGUCAAACAUGUGGAAAAAGAUUUAGUCGAAAGUCAAUUUUAGAGAGUCACAGGAGAAUCCACACUGGAGAACAACCUUUCAGAUGUGAUGUUUGUGGACAAAGAUGCAACGAAAGAGCACAUUUAAAUAAACACAUGAGAAUCCACACAGGAGAAAAACCAUUUGGUUGUGACGUCUGUGGAAAAAGCUUUCGAGAUAAAUGCCAUUUCAAGAGUCACAUGAGGGCCCACACAGGAGAGAAACCAUUUAAUUGUGAUAUUUGUGGAAAGAGAUUUAGUGAUAAAUCAGAUUCCAAUAAUCACAUGAAAAUCCACACAGGAGAAAAACCAUUUGCUUGUGAGCUUUGUGGACAAAGAUUUAGACGAAAAUCCUGUUUGAACAUUCACAUGAGAAUCCACACAGGAGAAAAACCUUUUGGUUGUGAUUUUUGUGGGAAAACAUUUAGACAAAAAUCCUAUUUGAAAAUCCACACGAGAAUUCACACAGGAGACAAACCAUUUAGUUGUGAUGUUUGUGGGAAAAAAUUUAACAGCAAGUCAAAUUUAAAAAGUCACAUGAAAAUUCACACAGCAGCGGAAACUGUUCACAUGUGAAUAUUAAGAGAUCUUAAUGUGGAACACUUGAACGACUGCAAAGUUGUUUCUAAAACCCAUUUUCCUACUAAGAAUUUAAGUGUUUGAGAUGUGCCAAUGUCUGUUUGCAUAUUCAUAAUUUGUUCCUUGAACAUUUCAUUAGAUACAUAAAACCUGGUGUUGCAGCUGCAGGUUUGGCAGCCUGUGGGCUCAAAGGGGCUUUGCAGCUGCUGCACACACACUGGUUAUUUUUAAAACAAUGUAAUUGAGUUUUUACCUCUGACCAUAUGUAUGAAUAUUUCCAAGAUUUCAUGAAAAACAAAUUGCAAGUUGACAUUCUGGACGUUGUGAUCCAUUCUAAAUGCACAAAAGACUCGUUUUUGUGAUUCAGAUGUUUGCCACAUAUUUGCAAGGUCAGGGGUUAGUUGAGGAGUUUAAGGCACGGUUACAUCAUGAGACAAACUAGCACUUUUUGUGAUUGUUGGUUUUGAUUUUUGUCAAAAUUUUGAAAGAAUUAUUGAUACUCAAUGCCUAGAUGGAGAGUGGAGUGUGUUGGUUUAGCAAAGGAAAAUUAAUCUAAGGUCAAAUUUAACAUUUCAACAUAAUUGUUACAUAAACACACCAACAACCCAGAUUUCCAAAGUAGGUGUGAUGCAACUCAAUCAUGGGCUUCCUGAUUUGUGUCAGGUUCACUUUGGUGAGUUCAGUGAGCAAAAUGCUGAACCUUUCAGUUACCUACAGAUGUGUUUGAGUAAAAACUGUUUUGUUUUUUUUUGUUGUUUUUUGUUUUUAUGACAAUUAAGAUUUUAAAGCAACGGUAACCAAGUUUGGUUCCAGUUCCUCAGAAAAUUUAAAUCCUGCCAGGAUUCAGUUUUUCCUUCCUAAAGAAUAACUGGUGCUGCUAAAAUGUUCUGACAGUAAGGUGGAGCUCAGAUUGUUCAAACGGGUGAUAAAUGGGAUUUUGUGUGUAAUUUGUGAAGGUUUUAGAGUCGAUGCAGAGUAAAAAUGUGAGAACUUGGUAUGUUUAACCACAAGGGGGCAGCAGAGCUCUGAGUGAUGAUCAGCACCGUAACAGAAGCAGCUGAAGUUCAGCCACAGUGAAGCAAAUUUUACUAAAACCCCCAAAUUAUUAAACUUUUUACUUAAGGUAAAUGAAAUACACAGCCCUGUUGACUUGAUUUGAACUGAAGCCGUUCAUUUCUGGCUGAUUCUAAGACUUUAUCGACUUUAGCAGAGGAGAGAAGAACUCUACAAUGAUAAGUUGUGUAUCAGUUGGUCGCCGGGGCGCCAUGAGCUGAGCCCACGUUGGAGUCCUGGUUUCCAGUUGCUCGCCACUUUAUUUCCUGUCAAAUUAGUGUUCAAUAAAAGGUCAGUCAUGCCAAAAAAAUCUUUGAAA